AUGACCUCCCACCUCUCUCUGGACCUAGGCUUCGGCAUCUACACCGUCCCUUCGCCCACCGGGAAACCAAUUCCCUACCUUAUCACAGUGGUCCUGUUCGCAGUCUUGGUGUAUGCCAUUAGCGAUCACGGCUCCAAGCUCCCAGAGCUCAACCCCUUGGAACCUUUUGAGUUUACCAACCGACGCCGCAUGGGCGAAUUCGCCCAGAAGAGCAAGGAGCUGAUGCUCAAAGGAAAGGCCACUUUCGGAAGUAGCCCAUACAAGAUGCACUCGGAAUGGGGCAGCGUCGUGGUCUUGCCACCUGAAUUUAUUCACGAACUCCGAAACGAACCGAGGCUGAACUUUGUUGAGCCUGCUGUCGAUGAUGUGCAUGGCUAUAUUCCUGGUUUCGAACCCUUCAGCAACAAUCCAGCAUUGUCCAAAGUCGUCACGAAAUACCUGACGAAGGCUCUUGCCAAACUCACGAAGCCACUAUCCGAGGAGGCGACGCUCGUUCUCCGCCAUGUUCUUACCGACUUAACAGACUGGCACCAGAUUGUUCCCCAAAAAGACCUCAUCCGCAUUGUGUCGCGCCUCUCCUCCCGGGUGUUCAUGGGCGAAGAACUCUGCCGAGACGAAGAGUGGGUCCGCGUCUCCGGGGACUACACCGGCACGGCCUUCUCGGUCGGCUGGGACCUUGGCCACUGGCCACGAUGGGCUCGACCCAUUGUGCACUGGUUCCUGCCUUCUUGCUGGCGGGUUCGCAGCCUUCUCUCAGAGUGCCGCAAAGCCCUGAAGCCUCAUCUCGAGCGAAGGAACGCGCUCAAGACGGCUGCUCUGGCGCGUGGGGAGACGAAGGCCAUUUUUGACGACUCCAUCGAGUGGUUUGAGCAGGAAUGCACAACCAAGUACGACCCGGCCACUGCGCAGAUCACCUUGUCGCUCGUGGCGAUCCAUACCACAAGCGAUUUACUGCAGCAAACUAUGCUUGAUUUGGCGAGCCACCCUGAGCUGUUCCAACCCCUUCGUGAAGAACUCGUUCGUGUGCUGGGUACCGAAGGCCUUAAGAAGACGGCGCUCUACAACUUGAAGCUUAUGGACAGCGUCAUCAAAGAGUCUCAGCGAAUGAAGCCCGUCCUUCUCUCGACCUGGCGCCGCCUCGUCAAGAAAGACAUUGAGUUAUCCAACGGCUUCGUCCUGCGGAAGGGCCAAAAAAUCAUCUCGACCAACACACAUAUGUGGGACGCCCAGUACUACGAGAACCCGCUCGAUUAUGAUGGCUAUCGCUUUUUGGACAUGCGCAGCACCGACGAGGAGAAGCACGCCCACCUGGUCAGCACUAGCGCGAAGCAUCUUGGAUUCGGUCACGGUCAGCACGCGUGCCCGGGUCGCUUCUUCGCCGCCAACGAGGUCAAGAUUGCCCUAGCUCACUUGCUCUUGAAGUACGAUUGGAAGCUCCCCGCGGGUUCUAGUCCUCAACCUGUGCCUCACGGCAUGAACUUGCUACCCGAUCCCAGCGCGACACUGUUGAUUCGUCGGAGGAAGGAGGAGCUCGACUUGGACUCUUUGGACUGCUAA